AUGGCACUGGGUGAAGAGAGGAAGAAGCAGAUGGAGAACACACAGCCUUGCUUUGCCAAGUGCAGCUCCAAGAUGAAAGAGAGUUGGGCUUUCAAGGAUGGCUCAUUGGUAUUUCUACCUAUAUACAAAACCCAUGUGAUUCACUUUGCCAUGGGGAAGGAUGCAGAGGAAGCAAUUCUAAAACAGGACAAUCAGAAGAGUGAGAAGGUCUAUUCGGCUACUAUGGCAGGGAAAAUAAGUGCAAGUGCAGUCCUUGGCAAAUACAACCUGAGUGAUCUACAAGAAUUGCUCACCAUAGCCUCCUGCAGUUGGCUGCAAUCCAAUGACAAGUUUCGUUUUCCAGUUGAAUAUCCCAAUGGACUCUCAAGCCAAAUGAAAGACUUCAGCUAUUCCAAUGCUGUAAUUUUAGCUCCAGUGGUUCCAGAUGCUCCUUUGAAUUAUAAACAUGUCCACCAAAUUUUGAGAGAAUUGGUGCUGGGUAUUUAUAUUCUCAACCAAGUUCCAACUAUUUAUUUAGAUGGCAACUAUGACUGUAGUACCACAUGUCUCCUGUCACCAGCUUAUCAUGAUACUCUAAUUGGCCAGAUUUUGAUAAAUGUGGACUACACUAUGAAAGCACUUUGGCAUGGGGCUUACAUGCCAACCGAAAAAAGAAAGCGAUUUUCAGAAGUAUGGCAAUCCAACUUGAAUGUUAAUAUCAGUGGAACUUCCAAUACAAAGGAAGAUAUACAUUCUGAAUUUCUUAGAGCAGGCUUAAUAGAUAUCUCAACUGAUCCUGACUUCGAAGAAAUCUAUAGUGCUGAUGUAUACUUUGAUCCAUCAUAUGAUCCAAACAGUUGUUCGGAGAUGCAGUUAUUUAUGCAAUAUGUGAAUGACUUUUUACUGCAAAUCAAUCCUCACAUCACCUGUGUUAAGCAGCAUCAAAAUUUGUUCAUGUAUGAUGCAGCUUACACCAUUAGUAAUGCAAUAAGACUUACAGAGGAAGAAAUUGAUUUAGUGGCCUACCAGAGACUACAGCAGAGGCUGAUUCUCCAGCAGAAACUUGUUGAGAAAUAUCUGGAGAGGAAAGCAGAGAUCCACAGAAACAUUACCUACCUCAAGCUAAUUGCCUUUCUCGUACCUUUUCUUAUUGCACUGAAGGGGAAGAAGAAAGUUCCAGGUCUGAGCAGGCUCCUACCUCCAAUUUCUGAUGACAAGUUAAAAACUGAGCGGGAGUUGCCACCCCUUCUUCUAGGUCCAAACUUCAAAUGUAAGCAUUUUCUGUACAAAACGAAUGAAUACUUCCAUUUGCAUGGUGGAAUUGAAUUUGACAUAGGAACUCCUACACUUGAGGAUGUGUCUGAACGUAUCAAGGCUGCCUUUAAUGAUAUCCAGACCCAAGCAAUGAACUAUUUGAAGCAAUUGUUCAAACCUGAUAUGUUACUCAGGGGUCAAUAUACCAUACCUAUUAUGAAAUUUCAUGGGCAAAGCUAUUAUGUAAUCUCUAUAGAACUGGAAAACCUCCAUCAGACAUUUCAGAAGGCUCAAUGGUGGAGAAUGUUGAGUGAAGCAAUCCCUCUGCUCAAAUCUGAUAAGCUACCAUUAAAUGGAGUCCAGUUGUAUGAACAAUUAAGGAAAAAGUUUGGUCAUAAAAAGGCCAUAAAAUGCAAGGAUUUGCCCACUGGUCUAAUAUCUGCUACCAAGAGUGGACUUGCUGCCGUCUUUCACACAUACUGUCAACAAAAUCCAAUAUCUCAACUUGGAGUUGUCGAUGAAGCUGGUUAUGCACUUGUUCACCAUGCUGCAAUACAUAACCAUGUGUCAAUUAUUUGUCAGCUGACCACAAUACACCUAAAGGUCAACCAGCGUUGCAAUGACAAUUUCCAAAACCUGGGUAAAACAAGAGAACAACUAGGGAAAGAGCAGGGUCCAACUAGUUUGCAUAUGGCAGCCAAGUGUGGGUCACUUGGUGUACUAACCUGCCUAUUGGCCAUGCGGGCAGAUCACACAAAGGUUGAUAAACGAGGCUGGACAGCUAUGCAUUUCGCUGCAUUUUAUGACAAUGUUUCCUGCAUUAGGGCCCUGUAUAGAAAGGAACCCAAGUUUUUAGAGUUGGAGACUUUAGCUGAAUAUCACUCAACUCCACUAUUACUUGCUGCGAUGGCAGGUGCAUUUGAUGCACUUCAGUACUUACUAUCCCUUGGAGCCAACUUAACAAAGAUUGACAGCGAAAGGAACAAUAUUGUCCAUUUAGCAGCACUCUACUCCCACACAGAAAUCCUCAAGUACAUAAUUGAGAAGAAUAUCCCAGAACUACACGUCUGGAAACUCCUUAAAGAGAUGAUGGAGAGCAAUGAAUAUAAAAAGCAGGAAAUGGGAGUGAGGUCACUUGAGGUUCUUUGUGUGGUAAAAAAGCAAUACUGGAAAGCAAUUCAUUCUUCAGAAAGCAUUCCUGCUCUUAUAAAUCUGUUACGCAGUAAGCAUGAGACACUGCAAUGUAUUGCUGCUGCUGUGCUGUGUAAUCUUUCCACCUAUGCGGCAGUCUGUUACUCAAUAAUAAAUUAUGAUAUCAUCCCAGUGCUUAUUGGAUUACUGCACAGCCAACACCCCGAGCUUCAAUCUCGUUGUUCUGUCAUCCUGUGUGAUAUUGCCCAGAUUGAGGAUAAUGCCAGUCUAAUCACUUCCCUUGGUGCAAUUCCUCCUCUGGUGAAGAUUUUAAAUUCUGAAGUUGAAGAUGUGCUGGUCAAUGUACUUAAAUGCAUCCGGAUAUUAUGCAGCAAUAAUCCAGUUAAUCAGACCUUAGUAGCUAAUGAAGGAGCAAUUCCUUUAUUAGUGCAGCUGUUAAGUGUAACAUCAGAAGUUCUGCAGGGUUUUGCUUCGGUUGCUUUGGCUGAAGUUGCUCGUGAACACAAGUCGAACCAAGAUGCGAUUGUAGCUGAAGGGGCAGUUAUGCCUCUGAUACGCAUUCUCAGUGGACGGAAAAUCAGGAUGCAGAUGAAAGCAAUAACAGCAGUGGAGGUGUUAGCUGACAGAAAUGCUGCUAUACAAAAAGAAUUUCUAGAAAUGUCUGCUGAUAAACACAUUUUGAAGCUUCUCAAGGUUUUCGAAAUAGAGAUCAGAGAGCAAGCAGCAACAGCGUUUUGGGUAUUAGCAGGACAGACAUUGACUCAACGAAAAAAGAUGGCCAAGGAAAUUGGUUACAGUUUGGUCAUUGAUCUUUUAUUAUCGUCAUCUGACAAAAUGCACAAUGUUGCUUGUCAGGCAUUGAUUGCCCUGAGUGAGUGCAACAAAGAGCAACAAGACAAAAUUUGUGUAAAAAAUGGAAUCCCCCCUUUGGUUCGACUUUUACAAAGCUUGGGGAUAUCUUUGCGUACCUUGCUGAGUGCCAUCACAGCACUGGGUACGAUGUGUGUUGGUGUAGCACACGUAAAUAAUCCGAUCAGUCAACAUAAAAUUACAGAAGAAGGUGGCAUGGAUGUACUUCUUGAAUUGCUUUUCUCUACACAGUCCCCCCAAGUACAGGCCGAAGUGAUCCACAGCUUGGCCUGUAUUGUGUUGGGAAACAAUGAACUACAGAAGGUCUUAAUGAAGAGAAAGGGCUUCACCUACAAGAUUGUAUUGAACCAUAUUAAAUCUGAUGACAAAGAUGUCUGUUUACGAGCAGCCAGUGCUUUAGCCCUCUUCGCAUUCAACAAUCCAAAGCAAGAGCUUCUGAUACGUGAAUGUGGGGGCAUUGAGAUCUCAGUGUUCCAGAACCUUCUGUCGUCCACAAAAGAACUGAACCAGGCCUAUGCUGCAUUUCAGAUGAUAAUAUUAGCCAAGGUGAUCGUAGGUAUGGAUGAAGUCACACUGUCAGCUACAGGUAUCAUAACUUUAGUCAAUCUGCUCAAGUCAGAGAAGUCAUCCACGAUCAUUGUCAUAGGACAGCUGCUGUCCUCUCUUACUCAGACCAGAGCAGGUAUUUCUGAUGCCAUUAUUACAAUGGGAGCCGUGGAACACCUUUGUCCACAUUUAUAUGCUGAGAGGGAACAGGUUCGUGAAUCUUGUGCUACAGCCUUGGGAUACCUAAGUUUUAAUCAAACUGGCCAUCGUCGCCUGCUGGUCGAGUGCAGGAAUCAGCCAGAAUUGUUUGAACUUUUAAUAGCUAACAUAUGCAAAGAUGGCAAAAUUAGUAAGGAAUUUACAGAUGAAUUCAAAGUGCAAAAAUUAGUUGGCCUGCCAUCAGAAAGGCUGGAAUUAAGUGAUGGCCAGCUGAUGGUGGUCAAAUCAGACAGGAAAGGUAAAUUAAUAGAAUCCAGAAAUUUAACAGUGAUUUCAAUAAGGUAA